UCAGUUUUGGAGCACAACCUGGUUUGACAUUUGCUAACUGACUGACGUGACUGAUAUUAGACUGACAGCAGUCGGCAGUGCAGUGACAGACUGACAGUAGCAUGUAGCAUAGUCGCAAACAAACGAAAACAAGGGGCCGCUUCGAGUUUGCGCGGUGUCGUUUUGCUGUUAUAGUAGUUUGAAAAUGUCAAUAAUAGCGAUAAUGAAGUAUACAAAACUCAACAUCGCUAUCUCUCAACGCGCAUGCGUCUUUACGCAUUGGGAUAUAACGUGGAAAAAUCAUUACAGUGCAUGGAAACCACUGCAUAGCUCGGCCGUUCACUUUACAUUUUGGCGUAAAAGAUGGCUUUAAGCUUGCAUGAAAGCUUUGAAAGGUGUUGCCGGCUAUGUGCGGAGGAGCAAGAAGUGACUAUAAUGAUAUUCAGCGCAGAAGCCGAAGCUAUGCUUCUGCAGAACAAAUUGAACAAGUACUUGUUAAUUGAGGUAGAUGAGGAAGACAAACUCCCUAAAAAUAUUUGCAUCAGAUGCUGUUCCAAAUUGCAAACUGUCUGUGAGUUCAUUGACACAGCCCGCAAGGCACAGGAGGUGCUGCUCAACCAAAGCAUCAUACUGGACCAAUUUGACCCCCCCGGCUCCCAGAAUAGUAUGGUGCAACCUAGAAUUGAAAUAAAAUCAGAAGUUGAGUACUCCGAUGAUGAAAACCCUAUCACUGAAAUGGAAAUUAGUGUUGAUCCAAUGAUGAUUCUUCAAAAUUCUGACAGUUUAUUGUCUCCUAACAUAGAAGAGAAUACAGAAGAUAAAUGUAAUGAUCAAGAAGAAGACAUAACACACCUCCACAGUGUAGAUGGUGAGAAUGUAACUAUCAAAUUAAUCAAAAAAGGUGAUCCACCUACAGAUCAGUCUGGACCAGGAUUAAAGAAAAAUAAAAUUAAACCAUUCCCAUGUAUUACUUGCAAAAGAAGUUUUUACACAGAGUUAGCAUUGAAGAAUCACUCUUGGAUACAUUUCAAUGAGGAGAGGGUAAACAAGAAAUUUAAAUGUGGCACUUGUGAAGAGAGCUUUGACUACAAGUGUGAUUUAAUUAUACAUUUGAAGAAACACAGAACAAAUGGGAUGUGCACAAUAUGUGGUAGAUGUUUCAGAACAGAAAGAACUUUAGCAGCACACAUGACUGUGCACAUGGCAUCUAGUAAAGCAUACACUUGUAAAGUAUGUGGGAGAUCAUACAAUACUCGGAGUAACUUGAAAACACACAGCAUCACACAUAGCAGUGAGAGGCCAUAUCAUUGUCACCUCUGUAAGAAAAGUUUUAAGAGAAAUCAGGAUUUAAAGUUCCACAUCAAUCAACAUACUGGAGCUAAGCCUUACAAGUGUCCAUUUUGUGAUAAAAGCUUUGCCAGCUCCGGGAACUGCUACUCUCAUAGAAGUCGAAUGCAUCCUGGGCGUCGGGUCGAUGCCAAGGUUCGGAGGCGCAUGGCGGCGUCCCGCGAGAGCGGCGGGCCGGCGGCGGGCAGGGACGGCGCGCCGCAGCCCCGCCCCAUCGCGCCCAAGCCGCCCGCCACGCAGCUCACGUCGGUUAAGGGCAUCUUCAAAUACCAGUGCAGCCUCUGCAACCAUAGCUUUAUGAGGAGAGACAAUUUCACGUACCACAUGUACCAGCAUACGGGUGAAAAGCCAUUCCAAUGCACGUUUUGCCAGGGCACGUUUGUGACAAGAAGAGGACUGUUACUACACCACGACAAGGAGCAUCCCAAUAGCGAUCGGCCCCUUGCGCUGCUGUCCAAGAAUGUGCUAUUAAAGUAAUGCUAGUUGAUGAACAUGAGGCGCCCCUUGUCUAUGUAGAGGUACUAGCACCAUUUGUAGACCUUAACCCAUUCAUUGCCGACGCCUCAUAUUUUUUUUUUACUCAUCACGCAGUGCCGCCGCCUUCCACGCGACGACGCGAAUUCGCGUCCGCGGCAUUACGUUAACAUUUCAUGGACGCGAGUUCGCGUCCGCGGCAUUAGGUUAACCUAUUUCAAGGGCGCGAAUUCGCGUCCGCGGCAUUACGUUGUCAAGGACGCAAUUUCGCGUUUUCGGCAUCGUAAGUGAAAUUUUUGCGCCUAAAAACAGUUUUUGUCGAAAACAUAUUCAGUAUAGACGUGACGGCCGUAUACUUCAGACGUAUAUGAGUUUUUAAUGGUUUUUAGUAAGAUUAUAAAAGUUAAAGAAAGUGUUUAAAGCAAGUGUUUAGAUAAUGGACAAAAAUGGUAAGUAUUUUGAUAUUGUUUUAUGAAAUAUUUCGCAGUUCAGUUAUUGAUAAUAGAUAGAUAUAGGUAUAUAUUAUUAAUAAUUAGACUAAUAUCAUGUUUUUGCAAAUUAGUAUCAAUAUUUAAAAACAUCACUGGUUGGAAACCUUUUCUUUAUGUAUAGUUAUUUAUUUAUAAUACGUGCAUACAUUAUAAGUAUUAUUACGUUAUAAUUAUAACAUACACUACAAAAUUACAAAUGCACUGAAUCUAAAAACCAGCAACAGUAUAAUAUUAUCCUUCAUAAAUAAAGUAACAUUUUGGUAUCAGCAUUUAAGUACAGUUGUUUUCUAGCAAAAAAAAACACAACUCGAGGACGCGAAAUCGCGUCCUCGGCAUAACGAUUACACAUAACAUGGGACGCGAAUUCGCGUCUUCGGCAUCCGAGAUAAGAAUUAUGAAAAUUACAGAUGCACUGAAUCCAAAAACCAGCAACAGUAUAAUAUUAUCCUUCAUAAAUAAAGUAACAUUUUGGUAUCAGCAUUUAAGUACAGUUGUUUUCUAGCAAAAAAAAAACAAAUAACUCGAGGACGCGAAAUCGCGUCCUCGGCA